AUGGUUCCCAUCCUUGGGCUCAGUGACCUCACUAGCAAAGAUGCAGGACGCUAUUGCAAGACAGUUGGUGGGAGUAUGGAUGCCGGCAUGGCGACUUCCCUGAUGGGCACAAUGCCCGGUGCAUCCUCAUUCCUCCAAGAGAUCCCUGUCGAUGUGCCGCAGUGGUUCUUGUUCUGCUCGGAGAUGGCCAUGUUGGUGGCAAGCAAGACUUGCUUGCUGAUGCAUGCAAUCGGCGUGACCAAGGCCAUUCGGUCGCAGUGUUACCUCGUGGUUCCGGAUCCUACAUACGAGAGCGGACUCGUUUGUUGGCGACGAAAGCCGGAGUGGGACGGAGCUGUGGUUUGGGAGGUCUUCACGGAGGUCUUGACAAGACUCGGCGCUGACCGCGUGAAUUUCGCUAAGCUCUACGCGACGGGAAUCUCGAUGGGCGCAGCUGGUGUUUGGGACUUGGCCAUCCGAUACGGUGACUUCCUAGCGGCUGUGGCCCCAAUUGCAGGGAGGUGUCUAUGGCCUGAGAACAGCUGGCCCAUGAAUUCGCCCACACCGCAUCCCAAGGUGAGCCAGCGCUUGCAGCAACUUCCGUUGCGCGCGUACCAAACCAACACGGACAGGUAUGCCGACAAUCCCAGUGAAGACCUGGAGUGGCUAUGCAAAGACUGCACAGAAAUGGCUUGCGAACGGGACCUUCCAGGAGUUGAGGCUGGCAAAUACUGCCGCGUCAAACAGCGAGUCUGGCAGAGGUCAGGUGGAGGUGCGAGCAUGGAGCUGUGGUCCGCGCAGGGCCCACUCGAAGACUGGCCUUCGUGCCACUUGUCGCAACGUUUCAACGACCAUCUACUAUGGUUCAGGGUCUAUCCCAACGAGGAGUGGGGCCUCGGAGCUUUUUUCCAACAGCAUUCGACUUCAAGGGACCGACAAUGGCGCCCUGGCCUGCCACUGGAUCCCAGAUCGUUUGAGCAGCGCGCGGACACUUAG